CAGUACUUUUAAAAAGAGCAGAUUAGCACCACACGUGGGAAGCUAAAAACACUCGCAUGCUAGAGUGCUAGAGGCGGUUCCCGGAUCAGUGCGCAUGCGCAUGUACAGUCACAACUACGGAUAGCGAGUUGAGGAAGAAGGAGUGUUUUCACAACACUUACAACAAAAUAGUCUGGACGAUUUUGUGUUAUUCUCUCCGUGUUAACUAAAUUUUACGUCCUGAUUGAGUCCUUUUGACUUUUUUUUAGAUUACACUUUUAAGAGGUGAGGUACUAGCCACUUAGCUUGAGAAGUAUCGCUUCUAAGUUUCUCUUAUUUUUACUUUCGCUCUGUGAUAUUUAUCAUCUUGCAUUAUUCGUCAUGGGAAUUCGCUUACAACAGCGCAUCGUAAACCAUACAUAACUGUGAAGUCCAAAGGUUUUAGAUAACGCGGCACGUUGUAAACAGGACCGAUGCCAGUUCGCCACCAUGGGCGACGACUUGGAGGAGAGCUGAAGGAAAAUAGCAAAGAUUAUUGUCCACAAUGGGGAGUCAGAGAAAUGGGUUCCACAAGGAGCGCUUUGUCUUGUCUGUGGAUGUAGGUACUACUUCCACCAGAUGCCACGUCUAUGACAAGGAGGCAACUGUACGAGGAUCGUGUACAACGAAGAUUGUUCUCCAGUACCCUGAGGUUGGACAUGUGGAAAUCGAUCCAGAGAAACUGUGGCAGGGAUUUGUCAGUGUUGUGAAGGGAGCAGUUCAAGAUGCAGGUAUACAAAUGCACCAAGUAGAUGCUCUCGGCAUCUCCACACAGCGUAGCACCUUCACAACAUGGGACAGAACAACUGGGGUUCCUUUCCACAACUUCAUCACAUGGCAGGACCAGAGAGCUGCCGGUUUAGUCAAGUCCUGGAACAAAUCUUGUACAUUAAAAGCCAUCCAUGGUGUGAUGAAGGUGGCCCACUUUCUGACCAGACAGAAGCGACUGCUUGCUGCAAGUCUCAUCGUCUUCUCCACCCAGCAUGUAACCUUUCGCCUCGUCUGGGUUCUCACUCACUACCGACAGGUAGCUCAAGCUGUGGCUGAAGGCAACUGCUGCUUUGGAACAAUAGAUACAUGGCUCCUCCACAAACUCACAAACGGGCGUGUCUUUGCUACCGACUACUCCAACGCUAGUGCAACAGGAAUCUUCGACUCAUACCAGAUGUGCUGGAGCUCCUUCCUGUGCUCCUUGGUCUCACUGCCUUUCUCUAUUUUCCCGAAAGUGCUGGAUACAGGUUGCGACUUUGGCUCCACUGACCCGUCUAUCUUCGGAGUAUCUCUUCCCGUCAAGUCGGUGAUGGCAGACCAGCAGGCGGCCAUGUUUGGGGAGUGUUGUUAUGAUGUUGGAGAUGUUAAGAUCACCAUGGGAACAGGAACCUUCAUGGACAUCAACACGGGCUGCAAACCACAUACCUCUAUAGCAGGUCUCUAUCCUAUUGUGGGAUGGAAGAUCGGUUCUGAGGUGGUCUAUCUGGCUGAGGGCAACUCUGCCGAUACCGGAACAGCAAUCAAAUGGGCUCAAGAGCUAGAUCUCUUCUCGGAUGUCCAGGAAACCAGUUCAAUGGCUUACAGUGUCAGCGACUCGGAUGGAGUGUGCUUUGUCCCGUCUUUUAGCGGACUGCAGGCACCGUUUAAUGACCCAAAAGCUUGUGCUUCUCUAAUGGGCUUGAAACCGUCCACCACCAAAUGCCACCUGGUGCGUGCCAUCCUGGAAUCCGUAGCAUUCAGAAAUAAGCAGCUGUUUGAAACAAUAGUGCGAGAAACUCACAUUCCCAUCGUCAAGAUCAGAGUGGACGGCGGCGUUUCUUCAAAUGAUUUCGUCAUGCAGCUGACCGCAGACCUCUUGGGCAAAAAGGUGUCGAGACCCCACAAGUACGAGAUGUCGUGUCUCGGGGCAGCGUUUGUCGCCGGACUGGAAGCUGGAUUCUGGAAAACCAGAGAGGAGCUGAAGAGGCUGCACUGCACCGACAAGGUCUUCUCCCCUCGUGACUUGAGGAGUGGCCACGGCCAGAGUCCCACUUCAGAGUACUCGUCCGUCCUCCAGAGCUGGGACCGAGCGAUCCAGCGCUCGAUGAACUGGUACAACAAGGCUUGACCCCGGACAACACAGACAAACUCUUCAUAUUUCAUGUUCACGCCGGACUCAUUUCACUCCACGACUCUGCUGCAGAUGAUGUGGGGCCAUUCUCAUGUUCUUCACUGGAAGCCACUUGUGCCUUCACACACACACAGUGUUAGCUGAGGCUAAACACCCCUGCCAGUAGGGGGCGCUUUGUGAUCAAACUCCUGUAUGACGCUGUAUUUUUCACAGUUGACUGGGCGUGUCUGUGUUUAUCUAAUUUUGCACUACAGUGAAUUAAUGACCAAUGUCAUUUUAGAAUAUUAACUUUGUGGGUUGGACUGGAAAGGCCUCUCUAUGAUUUUACAUUUCAGUCUUUGCUUAUGGUGUCUCAAAGGUGCUUACCUUUUCAAAGGACCAAUGUGUAGACACUAUAAUCGGGUGAAUCCCUGCUUCGUGAUGCCGCAGUGCUCCGGGGCCAUUGUCCGUGGGACGACAGGAGGAUUAAAGUUCCCUUGAGAUCUGGACAAAAGAGCUCAGGAUUGAGUUGCAUCAAAAUCAAUGCAGCUUUGGAAGCUUGCUCCACUAUGGAAUUGUAUCCAAGUAUUGGACCAGCUUGCUGUCCCAUCAGUAUUGGCCAGGGACGGGCGAUAACUUAUCGUACACCAUAUACCGCCAAACACAAUCUCCACAUGACAAUUCUGCAUUUCACGAUAAAUUCGAUACGAUAUUCGAUACACGAACAUGACUAGACCGCGACGGCGUGCCGCGCUCUCCAGCUCUGCAGUGCUUGACAGCCGACACAUGCGUGUGACAGCUGUGGAGAGUGUGGUGGAUUUCGGUUCACAAUCGUAGUUUUAAACUUAUUUUUAAUACAGGGAACCGUUCGUAUGCUUUGGUUCACAUCAACACAUGCAGGUCUCCCGCUGCGCUGGCGCCUUGGCGAAACACUGCGGUGAAAAUAGUUGGAUAUUGCACGGAGCUCCGCUCCGCUAUUGGCAGCAGCGUCCCCAUUAGGGUUCACUGAUCACGGACACACUCUCACAGGCAGUGCUAAUGCUACAACCCGGCAUCAGUUAGGGACCGUCAACAAAUUCUAAAGCGGUCAAAGUAUUAGCUAAAUCUUCAAUAAGGCAAUGAAAAACAACCAUUUUAGGAAAGACAAUUGUGAAAAGCUUUUUCAUCACAAAAGACAAAGGUCUUGUUUGUAUAAUGAUUUCAAGAAUAGAAUAUGACUAAAUUAUCAUUUAUUCUCAGUUUUACUAAUAUUUCUUCAGUAACAUCUAGGAAAUGUGUCCAGACUGGUCCAUAGUUAAAGUCAACUGUUAAGAGACAUGAGAUGCAGCAGACCAACGGCUCAAUUAUGUAUUUAUCACGAUAACUUUUUUUGUCCAUAGUAUUGGCCCAUUACGAACAAUCUGCUGGGAUUUUCCUUGACUCUUAACUUGACGUAACUCAGCAGACUGAGUGAGAACACACCUCAUGUUCAUCAUGCUUCGAUGUUCGUCCAGAUUAUAGCUGUUGUCUCUAACAUGUUUUGUGAUGGCAUUAAAGUGUUUGAACCCUCAGCACUUUCUGGAGUCGGGGAGAUCACGGGUGAGCAGAUGCUGUUUGAAAGCUUCCUCCUCCACUGGGGAAUAGCUGUUGUCUGGGGAGUGAUCAGGCUGUGGAUGGGUGUAGGGAUUGCUUUCCAUUGAUGUGGCCAGCCUCCCUGCGAGGGUUGCUAUGGCAGCUCGCUGAUGGAGUGACUGAGAACAAACGGGGUGUGUAUUCCUGUUCAUGGUGCUGGUAUGGUGAAGGGGGCGCUAAUUGAGUGCACAGAAAGGGGGUUUCCUAACAAUGGGAUGACUGUGCUGCUUCCCCAUGAGGAAGAGGGAGAGAGUUUUCCGUAGAUCUUUACAGUGUCCUCACUAUCUGCUGCGACCGCUCCCCCUCCUGCUCUGAGAUGGCUGUCAAUCCUCUGCUCGGAAGGGUUCUUUGUCCGCAGUGAGAUUCCUUCACGGGAGGGGAAGUGUGCCGCUGAGAGCCAGGCCAGCCCGACAGACAGACGGGACGGGCCCAUGAAUCAGUGCAGCCUGCUCUCACACUAAUCACUGUUGUGCAUGAGUUGAGGUGGACCCUGCCUUGCACCAAAUUCGACCUGACAGCGCUUAUACUGGAUCCGCACACCCCCCCCCCCUCUCUUUUGAAGUGAACCCGGCAUCAGAGGUCAUUAUAUAAGGUCUCCGCUCAUUUCUGGCUGUGACACUGCUGUUGUUUUCUCUGAGUGUCAGGAGCUAUUUCCCUGUCGCUACACCUCUUUCAAAAUUUGUCACAUGAGCGCCGCCAUCUGUCUGAGACUCAGAUUAUAUCACCGACAUACUGUCGCGUUUUAGUUCAUGUCCUCAGAUGAUGAUCAUUUGCAUGUUUUGGUGAGAUUCUGUUGUCUUUUAGGUUUACUUUUUCAGCUUUUUGGAGGCACUUGAAUGCAGCAUUCACAUGCAGAUAUCAAAAUACCACAGGAAGCGUACCAUAUAGUCAGAUAGAUAUUAUAUUUAGUACUCCCUCUGUGGGUUGUGCAUCUGGAAACAGUCUCAAGCCACAAAAACCUCUGUUUUCCUACAACUUCGAUUGCUUUGUUUAGAGGGUUGAUGGCACAAACUCCAGGCUCAGGGGCCAAUUCUGGCCUGCCUGGUUAUUUGAUGUGGCCCUAAAGAGCUAAAGCAUUUCAUAAAAUGUUAAGAAUGUGUUCCGAUUCACAAUGUUUGUCAAUGUAAACCCCAACACAAACUCGCUCCUUCACGAGGAGGGGGGGGAUACUUUAGAUGCCUAGAGCUGAUCUGCUGCUUUUUCACUUUGUUUCUACACUCUUUAGUAGUUGUACUCAGCUUGUUCCUCUGAAAUCUAGCUGUUUUUUUCACGCACUAGCAAAGUUCAGUGGUGUAACUUCAGUCAUCCCUAAUGAAUGAAUACCGUGGACCAAAAUGAACAAUACUGAUCGGGGGGACUGGAGUAUUGUGGGCUGAGAAUUUAUAUA